UCCGAGUAAAACAAGCGACGCGUUUCGUCCAAUCAACACGAAGGCCAAAUUUAAGUACCGCCUUCUUGAGAUAAUGAUUACUAUUCAAGAUCAAAGUUGCUUCUUCACAAUUCCUACAAGGGCGGAAGAACCACCUGACACAACCAGCCACGAACGCACUACACUCUUUCGGUUACAUUUCCGUACUUUGUAUAGCUAAAAACUGAACAAUGUGGAAUCAAAGGUGAGUCGCACCGAUAAUUGCCAGUUUGGACUGGAGAGUGUUACCUGGGCGAGGAAGCGAAAGGUGUGCGAGGCAUUAUGAAGCUGCCGCGACAUUCGGUCAAUUUGGGGCUCAACCCGGUGGCUCUGGCUUAUUCCAUGACCACUUUGGGAUCUGUUAUGAUCAACAACCUAUUCAGCUUCUAUUACGUGAAGCUCUUCCUCAACAAGUACCAGAUAACCGAGGGAGCUUUCCACCAAUCCCAAGUGGUUUACAUGCUGUGGAACGCCAUCAACGACCCCCUCUUCGGAUACCUGCAAGACAAUUCCAAGGUGGCGUGCUGCUCUCGGCGACGUCUCUCCAUUCUGUACGGCGCCCCCCUCUACUCGUUGGCUUUCCUCAUCGCCUGGUUCCCGUGGCGAGCCUACACCCCUGGCGACUGGCUAUGCACCGUCCACUUGAUGGUUGCAUUAUGCGCCUUCGAUGGCUUGCUCACUUUUGUGCUGCUGGCUCAGUGUGCCCUGUUCGCUGAGAUUUCCAGCCACCAUCAGAACCGACUGAGACUCAUCAAGUACAGCCAGGUGGCGUCGAUGCUGGGUUCGUCAAGCGUGCUGUUCUGCGGCAUGCUGUCCAAAAACAUGGAGGACUUCCCAGCCUUUCAGGCCUUCGUCGUGAUCAUCGCCAUUAUAAGUUGCGUCUGCAUGCUCUACACGGGCUUCCGCAGCCAGAGCCAGUUUGAUGACAAAUCGUCAGACGAUUUUGACGAGCCCACCUCACACGGCUCGACGUGUUCGGCCCCCUCAGUGAAAACGCUGACGUGGCAAAUCCUCAUCAACAGGGACUUCCGACUCUUUGUGUUCAUGAACUUUUUCCAGGUCUUCAUGCUGGCUUUCUUCAGUAAUUUUACUCUGAUAUUUGCCGAGCACUUGAUUCCUCCUGAUAUGCUUUCACCAAUGGCCAGAAGCAUCAUGUACGGCGCGGGAUUCAUUUGUCCUCAGUUGUUGGUGUUGAGCUGUGACAGACUUCUGCACAGCCUUGGCUACUACAGAAUCAUCCUGUACAGCUUCUACCUGGAGGUCUUAAUGGGGGCAUUUAUGCUCGCACUUGGUGCUCAGAAUUAUCGAAUUCUGGCAUUAUUCCUCACCCUGAGCAUGGUCAUGGUGCAAGCAACCUUCAGUCUGUUCGGCUUGCCUCUCGCAGAUAUCAUUGACACCGACAUGCAGAAAUACAAGCGCAGCUCCCCUAUGUCGUCCAUGGUGUUUGGGACCAACGCCCUGUUCACCAAACCUGCUCAGUCUCUGGCCCCAAUGUUAGUGAUUAACAUUCUCAACCAGUUUGGCUAUGAGCACCUGAAGGAUGCUGGGAGGGACGUAAAUCCAAGAGCCUUGGAGAGCCUACACAGCGUCAUGUUCUACUUGGUGUGUGUGGUGCCUAUGUGCGUGGCUGCCGUUCAGGUCCUGGCUUGGAGGCCCUUCUCCAUUCAGAACAGCCACACUGUGGACAGCAAGUACAUUGAUAGCUAGAAACAAUUCAGAGGAAGAGGGCUCUCCUCAAUUUGGCCACAUAAUCGCGGAGAAUUGAUGAUCACCGGCUAUUGUAAAUGAGUAUUUUCAAGAUCGUCUCGGGUUAUAAUGAUGGGGAACCUGUAAUUUAUCUUCUUGUGAAGAUGUACGACUCUUAAAAAUGACACAUAUCCAACAUUUGAGUUAGAUCAAAUGUUUGAGAAGUAAACAAAAUAAAACGGAAAGUCUGUUGACUUUUGUGACAGUUGAACCAGUUGGCUUAUUACAAAGCCUUAUGAUUUCCAGUCCAAACCAUUCUGUUGAUGCUCGCUGACUUCCAAUUUGUUCUAAGUUCAAACAGGACAUCAGGUCAACGGAAUUCAUUCAUUCCAAGCUCAUCUUAAAGCCUUUGACUGUACAUGCAGCUUUUUAGGUAACAUUUUAACAUUUCGGACUGUCAUACAAGCGCGAAGAGAAGUUAACCAUUGUAUGAUAAAAGUCAAAUAAAGAGGCCGGACUCAGAAAACAAACGGGGAAAAAAAUUGUUGGAAAGCUUCUUUGGUCGUUUCCGUACAAAUGGUUUCGACUUUUUGCUUUCAAGGACAUGCUAGUUAGUGUACCCGAGCGUCUGCUUGAUAUUUCUUGAUACGGUUAAUUCACUGUGUCGCUCAUAUUGGUGGGCAGCUUCACCUUCUGUCAUGGAAAAAAGAACAAAAAACUUUUGGCGUGAAUCUGUUCCAUGCUCAAUCCUUUUUUUGUUCUUUCCUUUUCACAGUUCGGGGAAAACCUUGAUUUUCAACAGUUGAACAUGCAAGUCAACAGGUUCUGCCGGUUGCUUGUUAACGCUAUAGUGUGUAUGUGUGUGUGUGUGUGUGUGUGUUUGUGUGUUUCCAUAAGCUGAUUAAUCGUAUCCAUUUACUGUACUUGUAUAUAUCAGAAAAAUGCAACUAAACAACUACUGUAUUUCAAUGUUUGAAAUGAUUCCAUUUUUAUAAGGACUGUAAGCAAAUGCUGGUUUUUAUUGUUUUCUAUGCCAUGGUUGUGCGUAAUGAAGGUUUCCCAGUGUGCCUUGUACACUUUGUCCAUUGCGGUUCCGUACUGGAUAAUGUAAUGUAACGUGCCUUGUUUGACAUGUAGAAUGAUCAACUGUCUGGCUAAAUGACGAGCACAAGUUGGGUUUAGUCUUUUAUUAAAAAAUAGGUUACUCUUCA